AAGGACGGGAAGCUUGGGAGAGAGGAAUAAGGCCAGGCUUGGUGCUCGGAUGGCCUCUUAACCCAUGUUGUGCCGUGCAGCCACUGUCCCAGAACCAGCCUCAUCGUCCCGGAGCCUGCUCUCUUGACUCCUUGCUGCCAACGCCCCUCUGAGCAAAGCCCUAAAAACUGGGGGCGAUGAGAUCAGAGGAUUUCCCGUUCACAUUGUGACUUGCCACCACUCAAUGACACUGCAUCCACCCUCUUCAUACCCGGAACCCGCCUGGGUCAUAUCGGGGAGCGGCGGUCCGCGGAGAGAGAGCGGGAGUUGGAGAGCCCUGGCCUAAGACGAGAGGGCCUGGGAAAGACCUCUGCCCUUCAAAAGGAGAUCUCCCGGCUCUUUAGAUGAAAUAUAAGGAAAAAGAAUACAGACGAGUAUGGAAAGUGAGGACACAAAGAAGAUACAAGAAAUGAAGACUGACCUGAACUUAUUAUUGGAGUGCCUGAAGUAUCAAAUGGACAACCCUUUCUCACAAAAGGAAGCUUUGGUCACUAUUCAUUCAAUUUGUCAACAAAAUAGUAAUGCAGGUGUUUAUUUUAGGGAAAUUGGUGGUUUGAUGUUUGUAAAAAAUCUUGCAAAGUCAAGUGAACAUAGCAUGGUAAAAGAAGCAGCCUUAUACACAUUAGGAGCUGUUGCAGAACAAAAUGUUUACUGUCAGCAGACUUUGUGCACUUCAGAAUUAUUUGAAGACUUAACUUGGUUCCUAUCUAAUGAUGAUUCAAACACAAAUUUGAAAAGAAUGUCUGUCUAUGUUAUUUUGGUUCUAGUUUCAAAUAAUAGGACUGGACAAACACUUGUAAGAGAAACAGGUUGUAUUACAGUUCUGACACAGUUGUUCAGGACUGUUCUUUCAAAAUAUGAGUUGAAUUUGUCGGAUAAAAAUGCAUUCCAGAGCUAUCAGUUAUGGUCUUCAGUGUGUAGUACUUUGUGUGUCUGUGUCAACAAUCCUCAAAAUGAUGAAAAUCAAAUGCUUUGCUGUUCACUUUUUCCACAUGCCAAUGACUGGCUAAUAAAUUGUAUCAAACCUGAGAUAAUUCGCCCUGUUUGCUCAUUUAUUGGACUCACUCUUGCAAAUAACACAUAUGUUCAGAAAUACUUUAUAUCUGUGGGUGGACUGGAUGUAUUGUCUCAAGUUCUUGUGCAACUGGAAUCAGAUUCACACAAGACUCUUUCCAGUGCUAAGCUUGCGGUGGUGGUGACAAAGACAGUGGAUGCGUGUAUUGCUGAUAAUCCGACUUUUGGAAUAAUACUAUCCAAGUAUCAGAUUGUUUCAAAACUUCUGACAUUACUGCUUCAUGAAAGUCUGGAUUCAGGAGAAAAAUUUAGCAUUAUACUUACUCUUGGUCAUUGCACAGAGGAUUGUGAGGAAAAUCAGUAUGAUCUUUUUAAAAACAAUGGGCUUCCACUCAUGAUACAAGCCUUAACUGAAUCGCAGAAUGAGGAACUGAACAAAGCUGCCACUUUUGUGCUUCACAAUUGCAAAAAGAUUACUGAGAAAUUAUCUCUAAGUCUAGGAGAAUACUCUUUUGAUGAAAAUGAAGAACAAUUAAAAGACGUAAAUAUGAGAGAGAAGAACCUUGAAGAGUACUGGAAGAAGGCAAAGGAAAUUCUACACAGAAUAGAACAGCUUGAAAGAGAAAGAAAUGAGGAAAAAACACAAAGAGAAAAAGAUAAGGAUAAUGUUUCAUCUAUGAACAUAAAUAUUCAAAAUACAUUGAAACACCUCCAUGCAGAUAGUAUUGGCAGAGGUCCUACGGCAGAAGAUAAAGAUAAAAGGCAGUCGAUAAAACUUCAGAGUUAUCAGUCUCAUGGAGUUCUGUCUUCAGCAUGUACAAAUGAUCACCAGAUGAAAACCCUGUUAAAGAGUGCAAAUCCAGUUAAUGCUUGUUAUAGGGAGAGUGGGCAAAGUAAGACUUUAUGUAAAGCCAAUUCAAGCUCUAAUCAAAACUUACAUGAAGGAACAACUUUUGAAAAAAAGAAUUCUGUUUCUCAAUCAAGUGACCAUGUUUUUAAACAUCCAAUUCCCGUCGUCAAAAAUAGAAAGCAGCAGUUACCAGUAACAGUUUUUUUUUUUCCAGAUCCAUUUACAUUAUGUUCAGAUAUAAUAAAUAAAGAAGUCAUCAGUUUUCUAGCAACUGACAAUCAUUCCAAAAUGUUAAAGUAUAGAUGCUCAGGUUGCAUAGCAGUAGGAAAAUCUCUGAAUAGCCGAAAUUUUAGCAAGCUCUUGCACUCUUGCCCAUACCAAUGUGAUCGUCAUAAAGUCAUUGUGGAAGCUGAAGACAGAUAUAAAAGUGAACUAAGGAAAUCACUUAUCUGUAACAAAAAAAUUCUGCUGACCCCACGUAGAAGACGACAACUCAGUGGUGAAUCUUCUACCUCUGGAGAAAUAAAAAAAAGAAGAAUUCGUAAAAACUUUACCGAAGAAGAAGUAAAUUACCUUUUCAAUGGAGUUAAGAAAAUGGGAAAUCACUGGAAUUUAAUUUUGUGGUCUUUCCCCUUUCAGCAAGGACGGAAGGCUGUGGACCUUGCUCACAAAUACCACAAGCUGACCAAACGUCCCAAGUGUGCAGCUCCUUGAUCGGAAUACUUGUCAGCUUUUAGUUUGAACUCUUAAAAUACAAUGCCUUGAGAAAACACAAUUUAAAAUACUCUUCUGAACUCUCAUGAAGCAGGGAAUCUAAAAACAGGAAUACUGUUCUAAUUACAUACUUUUUGUGACACUUUGUCUCAUCGAAUUAUUAAUUUAUAAAACAAUACAUUUUUAAUGUGUGAUUAGUAAGACAAAAUUCCUUUAUAAGGUCAAACAUUCAUUUAGGAAUAUGCUUUUAUUUUUCCUUAAGCUUACCUGUGUUCCUUAAGAGGAACACAGGUCAGAGAAAAAAAAUGAUCAGCCUUUAAACAUUAUUUGACAUUAUAUUGUAAUGGAUACCAUGUGAGACAUUUGGAUUUUAGUAUAUUCUUACCCAGUGAAAGUUCUUCCCCGGAACUUAGAAUAGUUUCCCAAGCUGUUCAAGUGAAGUUCCCACACAUUAAAUCAAUGUUUGACAUUUUGUUAACUAAAAUGUUCCUCUUCUAAAGGCUGAUUAUGUAGUUCCUUUGAAUACUCCCAAAUUCUAUGGUCAGGUUCACUUCUUUUUUGGUGUAUGUUUAUUUGUUUUGCUUUUCAAAAACUGAGAACAUUUUUUUGUUCAUUUUUAAGUUAGUUUUCUUCUAGUGGAAAACCAAACUAUUUGAUCUCAAUUUUCUAUUUUUCUUAUUUUUAUAUUUCUAUCAUGAUCCCCAAAGGAUGCUGUUGCAGCCUUUAUUAUACUUAAAAUGCUAUUGCUGUGGCAAGGUGAUUAAGUAUCAGGGCCUGAAACCUCACAUGUACUUAUAUAGCCACUGGC